CAUACAGCGUACUAUUUACGAGUGAAUAGAUAAAUAUAAUUUCACGUGAAACCAUUUAUAGAACCAACAACUUCGAAAAUGGAGAAAAAAGGUGAUUCCGGAACAAGUUUGUGGACAAAUUUCACAGAAACCACAGGAUUUCAUGGUUUGAACAAAAUGACAUUUGAUAAGAAAUAUCCAGGACGUGUAGUUCGAAGUGCAGUCUGGGCAGCAGUUUGGCUAGUGUGUGCUACAGUUCUCAUCUAUAUUAUUGUUACUCAGUUAAUGAACUACUACAGUUAUCCAUCGCUUUCUACAACGUACUUUCGAUUUGACCAACAACUUCCGUUUCCGGUCGUUACAGUGUGUACAAAGAAUCCAAUGGAUGUGAGCACCUUAAUGUUGUAUUUCGAUCAAGGUUUUGUGGGUCAUUCGGAAAUACCAGUGCUAGAAUAUACAGAUUUUUACUUUUACGAGACUGCUUACAUGUGUGGAUGUGCAUGUAGAAGAUUUAAUGCCAAUGGAACGUUUUUGACAAGUCAGCAUGGAAUAUCGUCUGGCCUGUUUCUAGAAACAACGUCUACAGAACUGCAGAUUGCUAUUCAUGAUCCUCAAGAAGAUCCAAAUAUGUUGAGGGAUGGUAGAACUGUGAGAAAUGGCACUGAAACAUUUAUAGAAAUUCACAGGAGAGAGUAUAAAUCUUUACCAAGUCCAUAUAUUGCGUAUGGAAAUCAGAUUUGUAUAGACGACGCCGAUUACAGCUUUGUUGAUUGCAAACGUAACUGUUAUAACGAAAUGUUGAUGAAAGAGUGUAGCUGCACGAUGAAUCCUUCUCCAACAGGAAAUGAAACAUAUUGCGUCGAUGAUUACCAGGCCAAUACUUGUGCAGCAGAACUUUAUGGGGAUAUAUCAUAUUCGUCAACAAUAUGUGUUUGUCCUCCAGAAUGCCUGGUCAUUAAGUACGACCAAGUAUUAUCAUCUGUAGCGAACAUAAAUGAUUAUCAAAGACACAACCUGAGGAUUCGGAUAUAUCUGAAAGACUUGUCAACAACAGUAACGGAACAAGUUCCUAAAUACGACGGUGUUACGUCAUUAUUAGCGAACCUUGGAGGACAGAUGGGUUUAUUUCUGGGUGCCAGUAUCCUUACCAUUACAGAACUGGUGGAAUUUAUUAUAUUUAUCGUGUGGACUUCUAUUCAUCGUCGUGCGAAAAGAAAGAAUGCUGUUCAAAAUAUACCUAAAGACAUUUGA